CUUCCAUUGGGAAUGGAAGCAAUGAAGGAGGUCAUUUUGGUGGAACCCAAAUUGGAAGUGGAACCAGAAGGAUCCGGAAAAGUCACCCCCCCUCUUACGUUGGAAGGCAGGAUCAGGCAGCCAGGACAGGCAGAAUCCCACAAGAACAAAGGGGAAUCUUACAAAGCGAGAGAACAGCGCUGGGAGGCCCAGUGGCAGGAGUUCCUGAGGAUGCUCCAUCCCGGAAGUGGUGGAAACCCCGUGAUGAUGUCAGAGGCCUCCCCCUGGGAAGACCCCAAGGCCUUCCUGGUCUCCUUUGAGCAGGUGGCCACAGCCUGCCGGUGGCCCGGAGGAGAAUGGACGGCCCGUCUCCGGCCGGCUCUGAGCGGAGGAGCGGAAGAGGCCUUCCAAACCCUGGAAGACCGAGACCAAGAGGAUUAUGGGAAAGUCAAGGCGGCCAUCUUGCGAGGGGAAGCCCUGAGGAUGGAGAUGCAACGCCAGCAUUUUCGGCAGUUCUGCUGCCAGGAGGUAGCAGAUCCCCGGAGGAUCCAUAGUCAACUCCAGGAGCUUUGUCGCCAAUGGCUGAGGCCGGAGAGACGCACCAAGGAGCAGAUCUUGGAGCUGCUGAUCUUGGAGCAGUUCUUGGUCAGCCUCCCACCGGAGCUGCGGAGCUGGAUCCAAGCCAGGAGGCCAGACACCUGUCCCCAGGCGGUGGCCCUGGUUGAAGACUUCCUUCGGAGCCAGGAACAGACCAGCUCAGGAUCGCGGCAGGAUUCGUUAACGGAAGAGCGGAUGGAUUUCUUACACACCAAAGAAGAACCUCUGGAAGCUAUGAAGAGAGAAAAUGAGGAGAUAGAGAAGGAUGAUAUAAGAGACUCCGAGGUUAAUGAAGAGAAUUCACCUUAUGGAAAAAAUACACCGGAAGAAAAAUACAAAAUAACUCCACAGACAAACUACAGGAAGAAUGAAGAGAUUGCAGAAAUGCAGGGGGAAGGAGCUGAGUCUGAAAACCAGCAGAGGACAAACAGAGAGGAGAGAAAAAAUGAAUGUGCAGAAUCCCUUAUCCCAAACACCAGUAAGUCCAGUAAGGAAGAAAUGCCGGUGUUCUCCAAAUACGGCAGAAGGUACCGCUAUCGAGUAGACCGUGAUGUGAUCCAUUCCAGCGAGGAUUAUGAAGAACGUCCCAAUUCAGAAGAAAAUAUCCGGCCUAGUCCCUCAUUUAGGUUACCGGAGAAAGCCCAGAUCAGUGAGAAAUUGCACACAUUCCUUGAACGUGGGAAAGAAAGUCCCUGUCAGAAUGAAAAACCUCGACAGUCUUCUGAAUACAAAACAAACGUUAGCCACGCAGACUCGCUGAGGCGAAUUCCAACGUGUCCAACAGAAAAUAGACCGUACGAAUGCUCUCAGUGUGGGAAAUGCUUAAGUACAAGAAGGAACCUGAAAUUACACCAGAGAAGUCACACAGGAGAAAAGCCAUACAAAUGUUUUCAGUGUGGGAAGUGCUUCAGCCAGGCUGGAUGUCUGAAGACCCACCAAAGAUUUCAUACCGGGGAGAAACCUUACAAAUGUUCUCAGUGUGGAAAAUAUUUCAGGCAGGCGGGAUAUCUGAAGACCCACCAGAGAUUUCACACGGGAGAGAAACCUUACAAAUGUUCCCAGUGUGAUAAAUACUUCAGUCAGUCAGGAUAUCUGAAGACCCACCAAAGAUUUCACAACGGGGAAAAACCCUACGAAUGUUCACAGUGUGGGAGGUGCUUCAGUACGGGAAUUAACUUGAAGAGACAUCAGAUGAUUCACACUGGAGAGAAACCCUAUAAAUGUUCACAGUGCGGGAAGUGUUUUAGGCAAGCAGGAAAUCUGAAGAGCCAUCAAAAAACUCAUACCGGAAAGAGACCCUAUCAAUGUUCUUAGUAGGAGAGAUACCGUAACUCAACUGACAACAGGCUGGUAGAGAUUCUCAGUCAUCCAAGUCAUGGUUGUCCCAAAGAUGCUGUGAUGACCCCGGGUGGGAUACCAAAUAAACACAGUCACAAAAAACAGAUGAAG